AUGCCUGAACCUGCGCAUGGCGCCUUCUUCGAGGAUGCCGUUACUGUUAAGCCCCUCGGCGACAAUCGCUACUCCGCAUUUCUCCAAGAUGCUUUCUGCAUCGGAACAGUCCCCCAUGGCGGCUACACAAGCUCCAUUCUCUACCGCCUCGCCCUAGUCCAUUUCGCCUCCGCGCAUCCAUCGCUAUACGAGUCCGAACCCGCAACCCCGAUAUCGAUGCACCUGACAUUCCUGCGGCGCACGGCCGCCGGCCCUGCAACACUAAGAGUCACCGAUAUGAAACUGGGCAAGAGGACGAGCAGCAUACACGUUGAACUCCUGCAGAAUAAAGACGCUUCUUCUGCAGUGGGGAAAAGCGGGGAAGAUGCAAUGGAAGUCAAGGUAGCCGGUUAUAUCACGGUGAGCCCCGCAAGCGCAGAGGUGGGCGUUUCCUCAAGCACGGAAUGGGAGCUGCACCCCGCGCCUGUUCCCGGAAGUGCGAGCGAUGGGAGCGUGGAUUUGCGCCGGCUAGGCGAGACAGGGGCUGAUGCGUCGUGGGCUCGACUCGAUGCGCCAUUCAGUGAAUUCCGACGCGCGACAACGCAGGUCGAGCUAUUCGGCGUCGACCCAAAAAAGACGAAGCGCAAGAACGGGAUCGUGGAUCAGUGGGCGCGCCUGAAGCCUAAUGGGCAGGUUCAGCGGUGGAGCAACGAGGGUGUUGUCUUCCUUACGGAUAUGUUCCCCAUGGCGCUGGAUGGGAUCGAUACAAUGGCAUCGGGGACCACUGCGUCGGAGAACGGGGCGGGACCGACGGCGAAGUACUGGUUUCCAACGGUGACGCUGAGCAUUGAUCUCAAGAAGAGGCUGCCAUUGGAUGGCAAGGAGUGGCUGUAUAGUCGGGUGGUGACAAGACAGCUCCAAGACGGGAGAACAGACUUGGAUGUUACUGUACUGGACCAAAAGGGAGAAAUCAUAGCGUUAUCUACCCAGAUUGGCCUUGUUGUUAGCGCAAGUCGCAAUAUCGGGAAGAGGGGAAAGUCAAAGAUUUAG